AAUGUAUGGCCCAUAAGACGUGCGGUCGAUCCCGGUUCCCAAUAGGGCCGUCUACCUCGCCACGGCCCAUCGCCGGGCCGCACAUUUGCCACCACCCCGGCCAAUUCCUCCUCCUCCCUCCGCCCAGUGUCUGGAACCACUCAAUUCCUUCUGAGGCAAAAAUACCUCGCCGGUCCGAUCCUAGCAAACCCCUGAAACCCUCCUCCGAUCUCUACCCCGGAGCAACACCGGGCCGUCCGCAACGCCCUUCCCGCCCAGCACGGCUUUCCGGAGGAGUUCUUCAAGUACCGGAAGUCAACCAUCGGUUCUAUCUGUGGCGGAGGCGGUCGCUGGUGAAGCCGCCCGGGGAGACGGUCAUUGAUGGACUCGUGUUCACUUUGUUGUCGCAGAACACUACUGAAUAGAACUCGAGAAGGGCCUUUGAGUCCCUCAGAUCCGCCAUCCAAACUUGAGUUCCAGUUCUUCCCUUGGAAUAAAAGCUAGUAGCGGAUGUCAUUUGCUGCGACCAGGUCGGAGACGUUUAAGAGGAUUCCGAGGGCAUUGAAGGAGAAGAGAUGGGGAGACUGGUUCAAGACUGAGAAAAUAGGACUGGAAAAGCUCACAGUAUAAGUGUGGGUUGGAUCCGCCCUUGACUCAUCACUUCAUAGGAGUAGAAACUACAAUCUUCUCCCUACCGCGAAGGAAUGGAAAGUGAUGCAGCAGAACAUGGCAAGGGGGAAGAAAAGAAGAUCCGCUUGUUUGGUGUCGAGUUCAAUCCCCGAAAACACAGCUGUGGGAGCAGAAACGAGGAAGAAGAGAUCGAAACAAGGGGCGUUGAGGACAAGAAGUACAGGUGCCAGUUCUGCUGCAAGGAAUUCCCCAACUCGCAGGCGCUCGGUGGCCAUCAGAAUGCCCACAAGAAGGAGCGGAUGAAGAGGAAGAGGCUGGAGCUCCAUGCCAGGAGAGCAGGCAUCAGCUUCUACCUUCAACCCCUCAUCAAAAGCCAUGGCUCGGAGUUCGACUUCUCCAUGUCGUGGUUUCAUGAUCCUCGCGGCAAGCCCUUUGAAGAGCACAAUGGGAGCUUCAAGACCUUGGAUCAGAGUUUAUUUGCAGGUGGGCUUUUCACUGCCAGACCACCGCCUCUUGUGCCUUGUAUAGCUAUGGACCAGAGUAUAAGCACGCUCGGAAUAAUGCACCAGGAACACCGGCCUGUCGCCGUUGUGAAAUCUUCAUCAUCGUUGAUGGCAAAGCAGAAUUACCAGGAUUCAGAUCUACAGAUCUACAGCUGGGUCUAGCUAUGAAGCCCAACCUCUGCAACACCUCCAGCCGGUAACCUUGUUUUCGGAAACACAACUAAGUAGAAGCUGCUACUUAUAAGGGACGAGGUAUCAGCUCACCGAUACGUAGAAGCUACUACAAGGGAUAUCGAUCUGUGUACAUUGAUAAUUCAAGCAUCGUAUUAUCUAUGGUUUUCCUACCAAGUGAAAUAAUUUCUUUGAAUAAUAUCUGCAAGCUAGCCUUUUAAGGUCAGUGCAAGCAAAGAGACAUAUUAGAGAAUGACUACAAACAGAGAGACGCAUGCAUAUUUGUCUGCAUUAAGUGAUGAUUUUUUGCCAUAUUGCCUUCAUUCUUUCAUGAUGUAAUAUUCUUCGAUCAAUUGGGAUCAGUGGAGGAAUAGCACAUAAUACACAGUGGCAACUGCACCAUGGUGAGCUCCCACGUCAUGUACAAGGUUUUCCAUUUCAUAACAUCAUUAUACUCAAAAGAUGAUAUCAAAGAUUCGAAUGAGAAAGGUUGUCCAAGAAAAACAUAUUGGCAAUUUCCACUGCAGAGAACAUGUAACUUGGAAGAAGAAGAAACCAGGAUGACUCCUGCCUGGUAAGAACUUGGUUCGAGGACAGAUUGACCAAAAAAGAAGGCAAGAAUAAUUCUAUGUUCCCUUCCAUCACCAGCAAGCUUCAGAAUCCAAUAUUACAAGGGAAAUAAGAAGCAGACAAGUCCUUCAAAAACAUGGGCCUCGAACUGAGAUAUUUUAGGGUUCUUUUCGAGUCCAGGAUGGCACAGUUUUUUGUGUGCGUAUGUCUAUAUUAGAAUGUAUUGUGUAUCAUAGCCACCUUUCAACUCUGGAAUGUGCAUUUCAAUUUUUCUUUCU